GAAAGUGGGAAAGGAGUAGAGGAGUUGACGGAGCGCAGAGAGUAACCGCAGGGCGCUCGGGUGGCAGCGCGUCCCGGCCCAGCGCGGGACGCCGGACCCAUGUCGCGCUGUCGGCGGGUCCCAGGACCCCAGCCAGAGUCCUGCGUUUGGCAUCUCGAGUCGCGGGGCGUCUGAGGUGCGGGCCACGAGGGAGCAGCGGUGGCAAGCCCGCUGGUCGUUAUGAGGACGGAUCUAAAAUGACCAGCAAACGGAAACCUUUCCAAAUGCAGCUCAGGCGAUCCAUCAGUGAGCAGUUGCGGGACUCCACCGCCAGAGCCUGGGAUCGGCUGUGGAAAAACGUCCGGGAGAGACGGCUGGCAGAAAUUGAAGCGAAGGAAGCAUGCGACUGGCUCCGUGCUGCUGGAUUCCCGCAAUAUGCUCAGUUAUAUGAGGAUUCCCAAUUUCCCAUCAACAUUUUGGCUGUCAAGAACGAUCAUGAUUUUCUUGAAAAGGACCUUGUAGAACCUCUUUGCAGACGACUAAAUACGUUGAACAAGUGUGCCUCAAUGAGACUUGAUGUGAACUUCCAAAGGAAAAAGGGUGACGACUCAGAUGAGGAAGAUCUCUGUAUCAGUAACAAAUGGACUUUCCAAAGAACCAGCCGCCGGUGGUCUCGCGUGGAUGACCUCAACACACUGUUUCCUGGGGGAGACAGAAAUGGGUCAUCAGGAGACAUUAGGAUGAGAAACACGACCAGCAGUGAAAGUGUCCUCACAGACCUGAGUGAGCCCGAGGUCUGCUCCAUCCACAGUGAGAGCAGUGGCGGGAGUGACGGCCGCAGCCAGCUGGGCAGCCAGGGCGCUGGCCGGGAGGCAUUCGACUGCUCUGGGCAGUACUGCACCGACGGCAGCCCGGUCAUGCUGGAUGCCAAGGCAGUCAGCAGCAGCCUCCCACAGUCCCCCAAAGACGUGCUCAACCACCCUUUCCACUCAAAGAAUGAGAAAACCAGCAGGGCCAGGGCCAAAUCAUUUUUGAAACGCAUGGAAACACUCCGAGCAAAAGGAGCACACGGGCGGCAUAAGGGGUCCGGGCGGACAGGAGGCCUGGUGAUCAGCGGGCCUGUCCUACAGCAGGAGCCGGAGUCCUUCAAGGCCAUGCAGUGCAUCCAAAUCCCAAAUGGGGAUCUCCAGAACUCACCCUCGGCUGCCUGCACCAAAGGGCUUCCAUGCUCCAGCAAAUGGAGCGGCGAAAGCAGCCCAUCGGAAAACAGCAGUAGUGGGCUGAGCACGCCUGGCCUGAAGGAACGAAAAUGCCAGGAGGCCAACAAGCGCGGGGGCAUGUACUUGGAAGACCUGGAUGUGCUGGCUGGGACAGCACUGCGGGAUGCAGGUGACCAAAACCACAUUCAUGAGUUUCAUUCCCAGGAGAACUUGGUAGUGCAUGUUCCCAAGGAUCACAAACCAGGAACGUUCCCGAAGGCACUGUCUAUCGAAAGCCUCUCGCCAACAGACAACAGCAACGGGGUGAACUGGAGAACCGGGAGCAUCUCCCUGGGCAGACAGCAGGGCCCCGAUGCCAGGGAGCCCGCGCUCAUGGCAUCCUGCCACAGAGCAAGUCGCAUCAGUAUCUACGACAACGUCCCAUGCUCCCAUCUGUAUGCCAGCACAGGAGACCUUCUGGACUUGGAGAAAGAUGUUUUCUUCCCUCGCUUAGAAGACGUUGUGCACCACGUCAACGGGGUCCGAGACGUAGUGGACGACUGGUCAAAGAACGUCUUGCCAGAACUGCAAACACAUGACCCGUUGGUUGGAAAACCUGGCUUAUGCCCCUUCCCGUCUCCUAAUCAGAUCACCCUGGAUUUCGAAGGCAACUCGGUCUCUGAAGGCCGGACAACACCCAGUGACGUGGAUAGAGAUGGAACAUCGCUUAAUGAGUCGGAGGCCACAGGGGUCAGAGAAAGGAGGGACUCGGGUGUGGGGGCCUCUCUGACCCGGCCAAACAGGCGACUCCGAUGGAACAGUUUCCAGCUCUCCCAUCAGCCUCGGCCGUCCACGGCAUCACCCCACAUCAGCAACCAGACGGCCGGCCAACUGAACCUGCUCCAGCGCUUCUCGCUGCUUCGCCUCACGGCCAUCAUGGAGAAGCACUCCCUGUCCAAUAAACACGGCUGGACGUGGUCAGUUCCAAAGUUCAUGAAGAGGAUGAAAGUUCCUGAUUACAAAGACAAGACUGUCUUUGGUGUCCCUCUCAUCGUUCACGUCCAGAGAACAGGACAGCCUCUGCCUCAGAGUAUUCAACAAGCACUAAGAUAUCUACGCAGCAACUGCCUCGAUCAGGUGGGUCUUUUUCGAAAAUCAGGCGUGAAAUCUCGAAUCCAUGCCUUACGUCAAAUGAAUGAACACUUCCCUGAGAACGUCAGCUAUGAGGACCAAUCCGCUUAUGACGUGGCAGAUAUGGUGAAACAGUUCUUCCGGGACCUCCCUGAGCCUCUUUUCACCAACAAGCUCAGCGAGACCUUCCUCCACAUUUAUCAGUAUGUCCCUAAAGAGCAGCGGCUGCCGGCAGUGCAGGCCGCCAUCCUGCUGCUGGCAGAUGAGAGCAGGGAAGUCCUGCAGACGCUCCUGUGCUUCCUCAACGAUGUGGUCAACUUGGUGGAAGAGAAUCAGAUGACACCCAUGAACUUGGCUGUGUGUCUGGCCCCCUCUCUCUUUCAUCUCAAUUUAUUGAAGAAAGAAAGCUCCCCCAGAGUCAUACAGAAGAAAUACGCCACCGGGAAGCCAGAUCAAAAGGACCUCAACGAGAAUCUGGCGGCCGCUCAGGGCCUUGCCCACAUGAUCAUGGAAUGUGACAAACUCUUUGAGGUUCCGCUUGAGAUGGUAGCCCAGUCUCAUAACUCAUACGCGGAGGCUGAGAUCCACGCUCCAACUCUGGAAGACCUGGGGACCCAGCUGGAGGAGAGCGGGGCCACCUUCUACACUUACCUGGAACAUCUCGUCCAGGGCCUCCAGAAGGAAGCCAAGGAAAAGUUCAAAGGAUGGGUCACGUGUUCCAGCACAGACAAUACAGACCUUGCUUUCAAAAAGGUGGGAGAUGGGAAUCCUCUGAAGCUGUGGAAAGCUUCCGUGGAGGUGGAAGCACCACCAUCGGUGGUUUUGAAUCGUGUGCUGAGGGAGCGCCAUCUGUGGGAUGAGGAUUUUGUGCAAUGGAAGGUUGUGGAAAAUCUGGACAAGCAAACAGAAAUCUAUCAGUACGUGUUGAACAGCAUGGCCCCUCAUCCUUCCAGAGACUUUGUGGUUCUCAGGACCUGGAAGACUGACUUGCCCAAAGGAAUGUGUACCUUGGUGUCCCUCUCCGUGGAGCACGAGGAAGCCCAGCUCAUGGGCGGCGUGCGAGCCAUCGUGAUGGAUUCCCAGUACUUAAUAGAACCAUGCGGCUCCGGCAAGUCGAGACUGACCCACAUCUGCAGGAUAGACCUGAAAGGUCACUCCCCAGAAUGGUACAAUAAAGGCUUUGGACAUCUGUGUGCAGCGGAAGUCGCCAGGAUUAGAAACUCUUUUCAGCCCCUCAUUGCUGAGGGUCCAGAAACUAAAAUCUGAGUUUUCCCCAGUGUGACAUCAAACUCAGGGAAGAGGAAGUGAAAGCAAACACUUGUGGGACAGUGUGCCCGUGAGAAAAGAGAGAGAGAGAGAGAGAGAGAGAGAGAGAGAGAGAGAGAGAGAGAGAGAAGCUGACUGAGAUGGUUUAUGCUUAAAAUGAAAACACUGAGAAGUCGGAAUGUUGGACAUGCAAGAAUUUCUGAGAACUUCUCUAGCCUUCCUGGAGAUGGCUAUAUCCUACUAAUAUAAUAUUUUUAAAAAUCAGAACAUUUAUCUGUGUUACUUAAAAUUAAAUGGAUUAUUCCUUGUGCAUUGCCUAAUUUGCUAUUUAAAGGCUUCUAAGAAGCAUGUUCUUAACUGUAAAUAAAUGUAUGUAUAGCAUAUGUACAUAUGUGUGUAUAUCUUUACCUUUACUGUAUAUAUGUAAAAUUGAUAUUUUAUAUAUAAUGGUGUAUUUGGAAAAGGAACGCAGCUGACGCAGUGAGUCCCUUCCUUACGUGGUUCUUUCCAUGUUGCUCUGAGCCCCACCGUCCUGGAAACUGAGCAGAAGCAGCUGCUAACACCAAGGUGGUGUGAGAAUUUCUAGUCUGUCAGUCGGCCCUGGUCUUUAACCAAAGAUUAGCUAACCAAAGGAAAACAACUUUAAAAGGUAUCCUUAUGUGUUGUCACUUUGUUUUUGUUAUUCAAAAAACCAAGAGCAGAGUGUUAGAUAAAGAGAGAAAAAGAAUAUUUACUCCUCUUUAAAGCAAAAAGGUGGGUGAGAAAUCGCUACCAAAUUUAAAGCUAGAUUAACAGUUGCCACCGGGCAGGACCAGGUGCAGCUUCAGUGAAAUGUCACAUUCCCAGGGACCACUGGAGUCAGCAAGAGUGACGGAAACAGAACCUCUAUUUCCCUGCUGAUUAGAGCUGACUAUAACAGCCUUUGCAUAUUCAUAGCCAAAGGGAGCCUCUGUGUCUUAUCAAGUUUUCAUAGAUGCAUUUCAUAAUGUUCUUAAAUGUCAUUCUGUUUGACCAGUGGCCCAUUUGGUCACAGUUAAUUGGCAUUUUCUUACCAAUGUAUUGCACUGAAUUUAACUCUGGACACCAGACAAAGGGAGAGGAUGGUUAUCUAAGAGUCUUAGACCAUUACAGCUUCAGGGAAUUCUUAUUUUGCUGUGUGUGAUGCUCUCAAAAUAUAAUUUAUCCAAGUUUUGCAAUCUGAAAGACAAGGUUUUAAACUAACAUGAGAACAAAACUAUGUUCUUCAAUUAAUUUUAGAAAAUAUACACAGGUUUGUUAAAUACGUGUUUCUUCAUUUGCCGGUCAAGCUAUCUAUGCAUUUGAUCCAACCUUAUUUAUUAUUGUAUAGACUAAGCAAAUUGACCUUCCUUGAUCAAUUGUUAAUGGAUUUAAAUUUUUUUCUCAUUGUAAUUCAACAACUGUAGAGAGAAAGAUAAUUUAUUGUUUGGUUUCAGGGCGGGAGAUUUUCUCUGGUAAUCCAUAAGAGAUUGGUAUCAUAAUUUAGCAACUGGUAUGGGAGGAAAAAAAAUCUUAAAUGAGUGUUUUCCCUUUUUUUCGUAUUGUAUGCAUUUAUGUAAUGUUUUCUAUUAUCAGCAAUGUGCAAUUCUUUUACUGAGAGGAAUAAAAAUGCUAUCUACGAGUUUGGUAUGGUGCAAGGAAAAUUAUACUGUUUGAAUUAUGACCUAGGAAUUUUUUGUUCCCUUGCCUACCUUAGAAGGUGGCAGCAAAGCCAUAAUUUUCCACUUGGGCCAUGCUCUUGAGGAAAAUCCAGUUCUGCCACACAUCUUAGUUUUAACAUAUGUGCUGGAUGACUUUAAUGUGCAUAGAUGAGAUCAUUAAUGACGUUUAAUCUAGCUCAGCGUGGGUCCUCCUCCAGAGAUGGGACCCGAUGUGUUUGGGGACUAUGGAAGGCACACAAGGACGAAUGCUAUCGUAUCACCAAGUUCAGCGUGCACACAGGUCACCUGGAGAUCUUGUUCAGAUCCAGAUUCUGAUCCAGGCAGUCUGGGCCUGAGAUUCUGCAUUUCUAACAAGCCUUGGGGAUGCCCAGGCUGCUGACCCAAAGACCACACUCUAAGAAGAAAGGACCUAGAGGGUACUUAGAACAGAACAAAGACAAAUAUGAUUGUAUUUCCGGCUCCCCUUCUCUUCAAAUCACCUGACUUUUUAAAUUUAACUCACAUGCUAAUCACAUCACUGCUGCAUAACAACACAGUGAAUCUAAAAAAGAAAGAAAAAGGAGGGGGAAGAUGCAUCAAGCUUAUCGGUCAAAUACCACAGUAUCUUAUUCAUUGUUAUCUUGCCAAUGGAAAUAAAAUAUGAUAUUGCAUUUAAAUAUUAUAUUUAUACCUCAUGUAUAUUUUUACCUCAAUUGUUGGUAUCAAUCAUCAAUUGUAAAUAAAUAAUUGC